CCAUGAGCUAGACAAGCUGGUGCGUCUACUGGCACUCGUGGCCGAAAAGGUAGCGUGUCCCGAACAAAUGUCCCUUGUGCUGGCCUUCUUGGAGCCCUUGCAACAUCUACGACCGCUCAUCACCAGCCAGAAAAUGCUUAGUGUGCUCCUCCGAAUCUACAAAGCCAGUGUCCACUGCAAGAGCUCCGACAUGGCCAACCGUCUGCAGUCCACGAGUCUACGAGUGGCACGAGUCCAGUCCUAUGCCCAACCCCCUAACCCCCGCCCAAAAGAAACAGCUAUACGAUGUGGAUCUGUUGGCCGUGCUGCACUUCCAGAGUGCGCGGCCCGUACCCCUGCUGCAGUCGCUACUACCGCUGCCGUCACAAUGACUACCACCUGGUUCUCCUGGCACGCAAGAUGCGCACCGACAGCGAGGUGGUGCGUCAGUGCGAGGAACUGCGCUCCCAGCUGCAAAGCACGGCCCUCAAGCAACCGCUCAGCCGCAUGCAACAGCUGGCCAUUGGCCAUACCAGUAUCGCUGGCUUCGCGGCCUUCUUCGAACGUGCAGACCAAGAGCCGCUCGGCUGCGACGAUACACCAAUCGACUGGGAAGCCCUGAUCGACGAUGCAGUUGCUGCAGCCAUGGCUCUGUCCACCAUGGGCUACAUGGCGCAGGCCGAUGAAGCCUGGCUGCUGAUACUCAGGAUUGGGCAAAUGCUGACGAGAGAUUCACCUACCUGCGAGCCCUGA